GCCGGUUCUUGUUCCUUUCAGUACGCGGCUCAAGGACCAUGGCUAUGAGGCAGACUCCGCUCACCUGCUCUGGUCACACUCGACCAGUAGUGGAUUUGGCCUUCAGUGGGAUCACUCCUUACGGAUACUUUCUCAUUAGUGCGUGCAAAGAUGGCAAGCCCAUGUUGCGCCAAGGAGACACAGGAGACUGGAUAGGAACGUUUCUGGGUCACAAAGGCGCUGUCUGGGGAGCCACUUUGAACACGGAUGCCACCAAGGCUGCCACCGCCGCCGCAGACUUCUCAGCAAAAGUUUGGGAUGCAGUGAGUGGUGACGAAGUCCUUACAUUGGCCCAUAAACAUAUUGUAAAGACUGUCACCUUUACCCAGGACAGCAACUGUCUAUUGACUGGAGGAAAUGAUAAACUGCUACGCAUUUAUGAUCUGAGUUGUCCAGAAGCAGCACCACAGGAGAUUGCUGGUCAUACCUCACCUAUCAGGAAGGCCCUCUGGUGUAAUGACGACAAACAGAUUCUAUCAGCGGCAGAGGAUAAAACUAUACGACUGUGGGACAGGACCUCCAUGGAGGUGGUGAAGACACUGACGUUCGACACAUCCGUGAGCAGCAUGGAGUAUGUGGUGGACGGCGAGAUUCUUGUCAUCACAUACGGAAAAACGAUCGCUUUUUACAACGCUCUCAGUCUGGACCUGAUUAAAUCUGUGGACGCCCCUGCUACUAUCAACUCGGCAUCUCUACACCCAGAAAAGGACUUCUUUGUUGCUGGCGGAGAGGAUUUCAAGCUCUAUAAAUUUGACUACAGCACCAAGGAAGAGCUAGAAUCGUAUAAAGGCCACUUCGGUCCCGUGCACUGUGUCCGCUUCAGCCCAGAUGGCGAGCUGUAUGCUAGCGGCUCAGAGGAUGGCACACUUCGUCUCUGGCAGACAGCAGUGGGAAAGACCUAUGGCCUCUGGAAAUGUGUUCUUCCUGAGGAACUGGCGGCAGACAACUCGGAGCAGAUUUAUACCUCGCCGCCUGAAAUAAAAGCCUGAACACGAGAGAGAAGCGUGAGGAAGUUGCCGGCGAAACGGUGGGUGGUCCAGGUUGUGCGAUAUCAGGCCCCAGCAAGGAAGAGUCCAGAGUAUCUCCAUCGAUCAGGAACUGAUCUGGGAAAUCCUUCUGACUACACGUACACAGGUUUAUGCAGUUAUGUAGAAAAUACAGGCUGUUUUUCAGUAUUUAAUGAGCAGGACCCAAUUGUUUUCUUUUCUGUUCAAUCCCAAUACCGGAGCCCGCUACGCUAGCUUUCUUUUAAUUACUUAAGCAUUCACCGCUGCUCCAAACGACAAUUUAAGUGUACGAGUUUUGUGACAAAGUGGAAAGGGAAGAUGUGUAAUCUUUUCCAUUUUUGGUUAAGCAUUAUCCAGUGGUUAAAUAAAG